AUGUUUGGCCCGCGUAAAGAAACUAGGUCAACCAAAAAGGACGAUAAACGGGAACAACUCGAGGAAGCAAUUGUGGACGCCAGUGAACCCGACGGUAGCAUGGCAUCUGUGUUAGCAGAGCUAAAGAGCUUCAGAAAAGAGUAUACGGAUGCCUCUAACGAUACCAAGGCUACUUUUGUCCGUGUUGAAAACACCCUGAAAGAAGUGGUCGAACAGUCGGCCAAACUCGAACAGCAGAUGACUGAUAUUAAGGAGAGAUUUUUGCAGAGGCAACUUUACAUGCGGCCUUGUGCGGUGGGACUGUUGCCACUACACCACUGGGUGUACCAGACGGAGGAGUUUCGUCACGCCCCUCCGUCACCAUAG